GGCAUUACUGCCCAGUUGGUGGCAGUCAUGCUCUAUUAGGUUGUUUGACAAUCGCCAUUGAACAAAAGAAGAAGUUAGUCUCUCUUGAGACGUUAUCGUUUAUCAUGGCGCUUGUUAAAGAAUGGAAAUAGUGUCCAGCCUUCUAUCAUCAGCUCUCGAAAAAAUUUUCCAGCUGUCCGGACUCAUCAGAAAUGGCAUGAACAUCAAGCCGAUGGAGGAAAAAGCUUUGGACGUGUACGAUGUGAUUCGAUCCAUCCGGGACCCAGAGAAGCCGAACACCCUGGAGGAACUGGAGGUGGUGACAGAGAAAUGUGUGGAGAUUCAGGAGCUCAACGAGGAUGAGUUCCUCAUCAUAAUCAGAUUCUCCCCAACCGUUCCUCAUUGCUCCCUGGCUACUCUGAUUGGCCUGUGCAUACAAGUGAAGUUGCAGCGGUGUCUGCCAUUUAAACACAAGUUGGAAAUUUACAUUUCAGAAGGAACCCAUUCUACUGAAGAAGACGUUAACAAACAGAUCAAUGAUAAGGAGCGGAUAGCAGCUGCCAUGGAAAACCCCAACCUCAGAGAAAUUGUGGAGCAGUGUGUAGCUGAACCAGACGAUUGACGGAGGACACCCCACCUGCUUUAAAGCAAUUCUUUUUAAUCUGCUGUCUUUGUGUUUGUAAUGUCCCAAAGCCUGAGAAGGUUCUUUACAUGAUUCCAUUGCAUCUGCUUGAAAUCAGCUGGGCAAUAACUCUGAGGAUUUGGCAGAUUGUUCUAUUAUGUUUCGGGAGGAGGGACUCGUCUCACACACAAGCAUUUAUUUUAAGCUGUGAUGACAAUAGGGCGCAAUAGGAAGUUGGUGUUUAAUGAGUGCUGAUUGCUGACUUUAUCAUGUGGAUAGCUUUGUGGUAAUAUUGCAGCAGUUAUUUACCUCUUCAUACUGCUAAGAGCCACAAAAGAAGCUGCAUGAACAGUAGACUAGAGAACAUGCUUCCUGACAUAGUUCCAUCUGACCCUCCAUCUGUCUUAUUUCCAUCCAUCAUUCCUCUAGUUUGCCGUUCUGUGGAAGAUGAGUUACUGUAUCUCUUUUGAUAAAUUGAAACAGAAUGAGCUAGAAAAUAUUUCCUUGUUCAGGAUUUUAUUUUAGUAAAUGUAAAUUACCAUUUAAAUGUACUAAGCUGACUUUAACACAAUUUAUGCUUUAUUAAACAUAAGUGCUUUAAAUGAAAUUUAAACUUUAAGCAGAAACAGAUGUUUAAAGUUUUGUGAGAGAAAACAGUUGAUUUAGUUUUCAGGGGACUACAUCUGAAUAUGCUGUCAUUCCCUUGGGAGCAAGCUGGUUCAUAAACACAUCAUAUUCUCUGGGUAAUGUCUGGAUGUUCCUUGAUGCACUAAAGUGUUUCUGAAGUGUCAGAGUCUCAAACAAUUAAAGACAAUAUAUGAUUUGUUUUUGUCAGAAUAAAAUCCUGAAAAGUU